AUGGUUGGCGGCUCUAUCAAGAGUGAGCCGGGCUUUGCUCCUGCAUUUAAUGGCAAAUUUGUUGGCACUGGCAAUGAUUAUAUUAGUGUGGAUGCCGACGGUAAACGGCUCAGGCUCAAUGCACAUGGAGUGAUCCAGACUGAGGAUGGAGCGUCCGUCUACCUCCAUUAUACGGGUAUUGUUUCUGUUUCCCCAGAACUCACUGCAAUUCUGAGUGGAGAAUCUGAGUCAAUCACCACCCCGUUUGGCGAUUCAUUUACCCACCUUACAUUCGAGGUCAGUGCACUUAUACCAUGUUUUGCUCAUCUUCUUACCUCCGGUAUUACUAGACUGGCGAUGAACGUUACGCCUUCCUUGAGACUGAAGUCUUCGUCGCUGCCGGCCACUUUAUUUACGAAAAAGGUCAGCGCCCGAUCGUCGAAUACAAAGUUAGCAAGGUCUGCAAAGGUUGAGGAUUUCGAUACAGACAUCUGCGCCAACCUCGAAUUUCCCCACCAGGCCUCUAUCAUCCCUAGAACCCCAGUUCCGGUAGCAAUUCCCAUCCCGUCUUCUUCUUCACCCCGCUUCUCUCUUAACCUUCUUGUCACAGCCGAAGUCACCACCCACAAGAUAGCAGCCAGUAUCAAAGUGACCAACACGGCUAUCGCUGUAGCCAAGACUGUGAAUGUGCUAACGGCGCAUCCGAAAGGUCGUGAUCGUAGCUCCCAUCGUUCUUUUGGGCCGAGGGCGCAUAUCGAAUCGUUUCCCAGCGGCGAGAGGAUGGGUAUCGAGGCCCUAUUGGGAACACAAGUCGAAGACUAUGGAAAGUGUGAUGUCUUAGGCAACAUAACUUCAUGA